AUGUAUAACAAAAAUCGUUCUGGUGUUUGGAAUUAUAUGGCCAAAGAUCCGAACACUCCAGGUCAAAUUCAAUGUAAAUUAUGUAAACUAAAAAUAAAAUAUUCAAAUAAUACAUCAAAUGUUUGGGACCAUUUACGUCGAAAACAUAGUACAGUAUUGGAAGCUAAUAAAUUAGCAACACAAGUAGAAGAGGUUGAUGACAUAAAUGUUUCCAACGAACCAUCGACGUCUACAAAUUCUACAGCAGUGGCUCAUUAUGAACACAGUACUGUACAGAUACAAGGACCACCUACCAAAAGACAAAAACAAUUGACACUUAAGAAUAGGUUUAGCUUACCACCUGACAGUAAAGUAGACCAAUUCAACAAGGCUGUGGUUGAAAUGAUUGCAGAAGAUAUGCAACCAUUAUCUAUCGUAGAGAACAGUGGAUUUCGAAAACUUAUUAAUCUAUUUGAUUCGCGUUAUAAAUUGCCUAGCCACAAACUUAUUGGAACAACUCUUAUACCAAAUUUUAAUUUUAAUUUGAAAACAUAUGUUCUAACUACAAGAAAACUGGAAUCCAACCAUACAGCACAAUACUUAUCUGGAGUACUAACAGAUAUCAUUAGAGAGUGGAAAAUAAACACUAAAGUUGUAGCAAUCGUCACAGACUCUGGUGCAAAUAUUAAGGCAGCAAUAAAAUUAUUAGGAAUUGACCAUAUUCCAUGUGCUGCUCAUCAAUUAAAUAAUGCUGUGAAAAAUGCAUUGAAAAGUGAAUUUGAAGAAGAUGACAUUGACACAAACCAAACUGAAGAAGUAGAUAUGAUGAAGCUGGUUAAAAUGUGUCGUUCUAUUGUUGGGCAUUUCAAGCAUAGCGAGGUAUCAACUAGAAUUCUUCAUGAAAAACAGAAACAACUAAAUUCUCCUGUUUUAAAGUUAAUACAAGAUAUAGCAAUUCGUUGGAAUAGUACACUAACUAUGAUGGAACGUUUGCUAUUAGUUAAAGAACCUCUGAUGCUGGUUUCAAUGGGCUUACCACGAUGUCCAAACAUGCCAUCAAAUGAACAGUGGCAAACCAUUAAUGAUUUUAUCUUCGAUUUAAAAAAAGCUGCAUUUACAUCAAAUGAUAAUGCCAAUGACGCUGAACAAGAAGUGCAAAAAGAGAUAGCAGACUGCAUUAAAACUAAUGUUCCUGAGAGAACUGCACUUCACCCAAGUGUAACUCAGACAACUUUGACACCAGAACAACUAGAAGUCAUUCCAAAGAGCAAGAAAAUUUAUUAA